AUGCGCGGUCCCUGGAACUUUACCGCGUUAUUCUCAUUGGCUUCUCUUCAGCGUCGGUGUCAGGUGGAGAAGAUGGCAAACCCCUCUCCGAGUAAACUCCCGAGGAUCGACGAUGAGCAGGUGGAGGGAGUGCGUAGUGCACUUUUGAUCACCACUUAUUCAUGUAAGGACGAGGCAGUUUCAAGGGAGGAGCUGUACCACAUGAACAAUCAGAGCAGCAGCCAGGCAAUGGCUUGUUUAAUAAAAAACGUUCGGCUCAGGAGAGCUGCACAGCAACAAGCUGCAGCCUUCAAGGCGCAGCUUGUUGUCAUGAAGGCCAAAUAUAAAGCUGCUUUGCAGCAGGUGGAGGUGCUGCAGGCAUGUGCUGCAUACGCCAAUGACGAUGUGAUGGAAGAGACAGAGGAGAAGAUGCAAGUUACACCGAGCCUGGCGAUGUCUGCAGUGCCGGAGCUUGGGUCUGCUGAGGCAGCCCCUGCGUCUGCACUUGCCCCUGCUGUGGUGGAUGAGGUGCCAGAGAUGGGUGUGCGGAAGCGCCACAAGCCAAGAUCCGCCAAUGAUGAGGUUAUUGCUAACCCUUUUGAUUGCAGGUGUGCUGUUAACUCUCCGAUGGCUGUGCUGACAGGGAUGCGUGCUGGGGCAACAAGAGCAUCAAAUGGUAAAGUGCGUGCUUCUCUUGUUUGUAGUGUUGUGGCUGCUAUGAAACAUGUGUCUGUUCCUGUGUGCACGUGGGAUGAAAGUGAUGUAGAUGAGAUACAGGUUGCAGGGAUAAAGUUGAGCAAAUGUGUUGUUGAGUACUGGUGGGAAAGUGCAGCUAACCGCAAACAGUUCUGCAAGCUACUUAAAUACAAAAAACUGUUUGGCAGGAUGCAGAGUGUGUCUGUUGGUCCACCAAAGGUUGAAUUCUUUGAUAUGAAUCAAGAAUGCAAGUUGUAUGAGGAUCUGCAAAAAAUGCUGUUGAGUGAUGGCAUGUGUCUGCUGGAAAUUCAGGGUUCAACUGUUGUUGUCAUCCACCACCAAGAGUACUACGUUGUAGUUGAUUGUGGAGCAUGCAGUGUGUCUGGCUUGCCAAGUAGGAAUGGUAGGUGUGUGGCUGUUUUUAAUACAAACUUCGAUGACCUGAUGCUCCAUAUCUGUGCUGUGAGACAAGAGCUACGAGCAAAGAUGUACAGAAUCGGCAGCAUGUCUGUGAAGGCAGAUGAUGUGACUGAUAUCACAGAGGGUGCUACAGUGUGUAAGGACGGCAACAUUUCUGUCAACACAGAUGAUGUGACAGUUGUCAUAGAGAGUGCUACAGUGUGUAAGGAAAGCAGCAUUUCUGUCAACACAAAUGAUGUGACCGUUGUCACAGAGAGUGUUACAUUUGGUGGAGACAGCAUCAUUGACAUGGACAGUGGAUCUGAGGCUGUGGAGGAUUGUUUUGUUGUUGGCCAUGAAGGCCUUUUACGGCCUGUUGUUGGAUCAUUUCAUCAGGGUGAUUAUCGGUUUAAGUAUGGUGGACAACAGUGUAUGGCUAUCAGUCUGGUUGGAAUAGCAAGACAUACGUGUGCCAGCGUGUUUUCGUGGACACCAACUGAGCUUGAUAAUGUUUUAUUUUUGGGUGAUCAGAUUUACACAGAUUUAAGGGUUGGCAAGAGGAUUAGUGGGAAUUCUAAGCUGUUGUGUGUUUCAGAUCUUCCAAGACAGUUUGCUGUUGAUGGACACAAUUUUGCAUUUGUGUAUGGAGAUUGUGUAUCUGGACAUGUUGAUGUUGUUGCAGGAGAGUUGAUUGAUGCAGGUGUGUAUUGCCCUUUAAAAUGUGGACUACAAAAGAUGUGUAUGAAAUAUGACUCAUGCUUUUUCACAUUAGGUGGUAAUACAUCUGCCAUCAUAGGUCACAAUGGAUGUUAUGCAGUCAUUGAUUCUCAUGCACGCAACGAAGAUGGGAUGAUAGAUGGUGAUGGGAAAAGGGUUGUUGUGUAUUUUGCUUGUCUUGAUUUUUUGUUUGAUCACAUUUGGCUGUUUUCAAGACAUUUGUCUGAAGGUCAGAGAGUGUUUGAGAUUACAGGUGCUUGUGUCAGUAAGCAAGAGUCAAAGUCAAAGGAUCCAGUGAAGGUGUAUUGCGAUUCUAAAAAGGUGCAGUCAAGUCAUGUUGAUGCUGAUCUACAUGCAUCUGAUGAAGAGGACGUUUUUAUCAGUGAUGUCAUAACUACAACACUGCAGUUCAACCCACUUUGUAGUGAUGUUGUUCAAACUUUGUGUACAAAGUUAAAUGUACAGUCAGAGAAAGUUGAUGCAAAAUCAGUACAAGUUGGGGACUUAGGAGUUCCGUGCAAGAACGUGAACAUAGUUGCUGAUGGCAAUUGUUUUUUCAGGGCAGUUAGUCACGCUGUGUGUGGGACACAGUUACAUCAUAAAAAAAUACGUGCAUCUGUGUGUAAGCAUUUGCAAAACAGUGUUGGGGCAUAUGACAGUCUUUUAAGAUCUGAAUAUGAUUCAAUGGCACAGUACCUCCUCAUUUCGAAAAUGAAAUAUGUUGGCAGUUGGGCUACAGAAAUUGAGAUUCAAGCUGUAGCAGAUUAUUUAGGAUUACAUGUUUUCACAUUUCAUGACAACCGCUGGAUUGAAUACAGUUCCAUGAAUAAUGUGUUUUCAAAUCAGGGAAUUUAUCUUGAAAACUGUAAUGGCAAUCAUUAUGAAACAGUUGUUUGUGUUCAACAGCUUCAUGGGCAAGGUUGUUAUGGUUAUUGCAAAGACAACAUAUCUACUGUCACAGGUCGUGUCUUGAGACAACGAACUAAUGUUUCCCCAUCAAUUAGCACAAUGUCACAUGCAGUUAAGACUGUGGAUUUUAUAAAACAGGAACCGAAAACAUUGUCUGCCAGUGACAAUACUGACUUAAGAUUUAAGCCAUUGUCCUUAAAAGUUGCACGCACAUUAUGUAACAAGUGUGAUAUUGACUUUGAGAAGCAGGAUGUACAAGCACCCAAAGUGUCUGGGUAUUUAGGUGACGUCUGUAAGACAGAGAGCAUUGUUAAAGAUGGCAAUAGUUUUUUUAGGGCAGUAACACAAGUUAUCAGUGGCUCACAGAAACGUCACCUGAAGGUGAGGCGUGCUGUAGUCAUGGAAAAGAGUGGUGGAGAUCUUCUGCAGAUAGUGGAUAGAGAAUAUACGUCACUGUCAGAUUACAUUAGUAAAACAAAAGUGAAAUAUGUUGGACAUACUGCCACGAAUGUGGAAAUUCAAGCUACGGCAAAUGCAUUUGGUUUAGAUAUACAUUGCUAUGGUGGUGGGACUUGGCAAUCAUUUACUUGUAAAAGUAAAGUGUCAGAUGAAGGGAUAUAUUUGAAGCAGUGUGAUGAUGAUCAUUUUGAGCAAGUGGUGUGUGUACAAAACAGUGAACAGCUGGUUUGCGUUGGAUUGUGUACGGUGGAUACCUCUCAGACAAAAUACCUGUGUAGAAGGGAUAUCUGUAUUUCAAAUGAUAAUCAUAGUGGUCAAAAUGUUAAUGAGGGGAUCACAAACAAAUAUGACAGCAAGUUAUAUAGACGGAAAGUUAGGGAAUCAAGCAUAUGGAAAUAUGAGGUAAAUGUGUCACAUAGGCAAAAUGUUAAGGACAGGAGCACAGGGAAAUAUAGGGACAAUUUAGUUCAUCGACAGAAAGCUAUGGAGAGCAGCAUAGGGAAAUAUAAAAUAAAUACAGUUCAUAGGCAGAAGGUUAAGGAAAGAAGCAUAGGGAAAUAUAAAGACAACGCGUUGCAUAGGUUAAACAUUAAGGCAAUAAACAAAAGUAAAUAUUGGUUGAAUCCAAUGCAUAGGCAAAGUGUGAAAACCAGGAAUCGAAGGGAAUAUCAUGUAAAUUAUGAGUAUAAAAUGCGUGUUGCAGCAGGUAACAAACGUAAAAGGCAGGAAAAAAAAGUUAAGUCAAAAGAAAUUAACUUUGUUAUGCAGCAGUUUUUGGAUAAAGUGAAAGACGGACCGGAUUUUGUGUGUUGCGUCUGCCAUAGAAUGUUAUUUUGUCAUCAAGUUUUACUUUGUAAAAGAGGUGACUAUAAUAAGAGUUCUGCAAUGGCUUCUCUUGCUGAUAAAUGUAUCAAUGAGAAGUACUUGCACAUAUGCAGUGGUGAUUGUGUUUUGCCAUGUCUGUUGAUGAAUACACCUAGAAGUCAGUUGUGGAUCUGUUACACUUGCCAUGGUAAGAUUAACAAAGGUGUAUUGCCUCCUGAAUGUGCAAUGAAUAAUAUGGUUGUUGAUCCCAUUCCGGCUGAGUUGGCGUGUUUGAACAGUUUAGAGCAGCAUUUAAUCGCGUUAAAUAUUCCGUUCAUGAAGAUGUUGGCGUUACCUAAAGGUGGGCAAAAUGGAGUCCAUGGUCCUGUAACGUGUGUUCCAGCAAAUAUUGUGCAAACUAGCAAUUUGUUGCCACGUUCUAGUAUGGAAGGAUCAUUGUUGCCAGGGAAGUUGAAGCGAAAGCUUACUUAUAAAGGUCAUUACGAGUAUCAAUUUGUUGAUGACAUGCAUAUCCGAAAGGCAUUGAAGUUGUUAAAAGACACUAAUGUGCAUUAUAAAGAUGUGGUGUUCAAUGAGGAUUGGUCGAAUGAGUUUUGUAAAGAAGCACAUUCUGAUGUAUCAGAAAAGGACACUGAUUGCACUGGAGAUGGUGCUGAAGCAUCUGCUGAUAAUGGUAAGGAAGAGCUCCUGCAUGACAGACAGCAGCAUUGUAUGUAUCAAGACACAUGUCUAAUGCCAGUGGACAUUGGUCAGGAAGCACUUGAUCAGUCCUUUGACAAUGUCUUGAACUUGGCUCCGGCUGAAGGGAAUAAUCCUGUGCGACUGUUAUCUGAUGAUACAAAUGAGGCCAAAUGUUUCCCUGUUUUGUUUCCUAAAGGAUGCCCUACAUAUCGAGAUUUUCGUCAACAUCGGUUGACAUUGUCACGCUAUUUUAAUAAUCGCAUCUUACAUGCUGAUGGUCAUUUUGCUCAGAAUGUGGAGUAUAUCUUUUUUGCUCUGUAUAUGUCAGAGGUAGAACAAGUUGUGUCGUGUGUAUCUAUAGCAUUGAGGAAAGGAAAAGGUGGCAAAUUCCAAAAAGUUACUGGAGAUGUAUUGAAUAAUGAGGAGGGUUUGAAGAGGUUGUUGGAAUAUGAUGAUGGGUUUCGUUUUCUUAAGCCUAUUAGAGGAACCCCAUCUUUUUGGCAGGGAGCACAACGUGAACUGUUGGCUUGUGUUCGUCAACUUGGCAUUCCUACGUGGUUUGCCUCAUUUUCCUGUGCUGAUAUGCGGUGGAAGAACCUUCUGACUAGUAUUUUGACACAGGAAGGUAGAACAGAAACGGUCGAGGAACUAGAAUGGGCGGAAAGGUGUGAACUUUUACGUCGUAAUCCUGUCACUGCGGCAAGACUGUUUGAUUUUCGAUGGCAUUGUUUUUUGAGGGAAGUUUUGAUGUCUCCAUGUAAUCCUAUUGGUAAGAUUACUGAUUAUUACUAUCGUGUGGAAUUCCAGCAACGUGGUUCACCACACAUUCAUGGUUUGUUUUGGAUAGAAGAUGCACCUGUCAUUGAUAGAAACACAGAUGAGGAGGUAGUUGCAAUUAUUGAUAAGUAUGUGACUUGUGAAUUACCUACAGAGGAUGAGACACUCUUAGAGAUUGUUACAGGUGUGCAAACACACUCAAAGCGUCACUCCAAAACGUGUAAGAAGAAAGGUACAGUUUGUCGUUUCACUUUUCCUAGGCUUCCAUCUUUAGAAACAUUUAUAUCUCGUGGCGUUGGUGCAGAUGAUGAGAAGUCAGAUAUGAGAAAGGAGGAUGCAGUGAAAAUCCUAAAUGAUCUCAAGGCUGCUAUUUCAGAUGGUAAAGCAGAUGGUGGAUCUGUCCAACAGUUGUUUGCGCGAGUAGGAAUAACUCAAGCCGAUUUUCAAGCUGCUUGUAUAUGUUAUGGUAGGAAAACCUAGGUGGUUUUGAAGAGGCGGAUUGAUGCGAUCUGGAUUAAUCACUACAGCAAAGUAAUGCUCAAAAUAUGGAAUGCAGAUAUUGACAUCCAAUUUGUUGCUGAUGCUUAUGCUUGUGUUGUGUACAUAAUUUCGUAUAUUUCGAAAGGGGAAAGAUAAAUGGGAAUGUUACUGGCAAAUGCACAGAGGGAAGCUGCCAAGGAGGGGAAUGCUAGUGCAAAAGAUGCUUUAAAAAAUCUAGGGAGUGUGUAUUUACACAACAGAGAUGUUUCUGCUCAGGAGGCUGUAUAUAGGUUAGCAAAUAUGCAUCUGAAGGAGUGUUCAAGAAAAGUCGUUUUUGUGCCAGUAGGGGAAAAUCCUGUUAAAAUGAGUCUGCCUUUAAGUGUUUUAAAACAGAAGGCGUCAUCGAAGGACCUCAGCACAGAAGACAUGUGGAUGACUAGCUUGGUUGACAGAUAUAAGAGUAGGCCAAAAGACAGUUCUUUUAAUGAUAUGUGUUUGGCAAAAUUUGCGUCAGAGUAUCGCAUUUCGUCAAAGAAUGAACGGUCCCCAAAUAGGAUUGCAUUGAGCAAUGAUUGUGGGUUUAUUUUGAGAAGAACUCGAACCCAACCGGCCGUUAUUCGUUAUGUACGGUUUUCUGAAACCAAGAGUCCAGAGUUGUUCCAUCAGAGCAUUCUGCAGUUGUUUUUGCCUUAUCGGAUUGAUGGGCAGUUGAGACCAGAAGGUUUUGUGACAUUUGAAGAGUUUUACAGAGGAGGCUAUGUAAAAUUAGAUGAUGGAUGGCUGCAUUCUGUUAAGUCAGUUGUUGAUGCAAAUAGAAGGUCAUAUGAAAUGGAUGCAGAUGUGUUGGAUAACAUCCAAAACACCAUUGAUAGGGAUGGCAUCAUAGAAGAUGCCUGGUGCAACUUGUGCCCAGAAGCAGAAUUGGAUCGUUUAGAGUGUGUACAGUUACGUGCAGAUGAGAAUCAGGUAGUGGAUGAGCACACUGAUCUCAUUCCAGACUUAGCAGUGACUCGGGAACAAGUUGCCCAUUUAGAAAAGAGAGGUAAUGUCAUGUGUCGAAAUGAUGGUGUGGCUUUGAUAAGAUCUCUGAAUGAGACACAGAUGUGUAUUUUUUAUCAGAUUAGGCAGUGGUGCUUAGCUAAGGUAAUGGGGGAGAAGCCAGACCCAUUACAUGUGUUCAUCACAGGUGGUGGUUUAAUGAAGGCUAUUCAGUACGAAGCAACGAGGUUAUUGUCCACAGUGAGUCGUCAACCAGACGAUAUUUGUGUGUUGUUGACAGCUCCGACUGGGAUAGCUGCCCACAAUUUACAUGCUAGUACCAUUCACAGUGCCUUAAGCAUUGGGGUGGAUGUACGCUUACCUUACAUACCUCUUGGUGAAGAGAAGGUGAACUCGUUGCGGGCCAAAUAUAGUAGUUUGCAGAUUUUGAUCAUUGAUGAAAUUUCCAUGGUGAGUCAUAACCUGUUGGCUUAUAUCCAUGGACGUUUACGUCAGAUGAAAAAAAGUCGUGAUUUUGCUCCAUUUGGUAAUGUGAGUGUAGUUGUGGUUGGAGAUUUUUUCCAGUUGCCUCCUGUUAGAGGGAAACCACUGUAUAUAAAUAAUGUAGGUAUAGAUUUGUGGUCUUCUAUAUUUAAGGUUGUAGAGCUAAAAACGAUUGUUAGGCAACAAGAUGAUGCGUUUGCUCAGUUGUUGAACAGAGUUAGAACUCGUUCGAAAGGGACCCCAAUGUUAGCUGGUGACAUUGACAUUUUAAAAAGAUGUGAAACUGGUGAAGUCAGCUCAGCUUUACACAUAUUUUCUACCAACAAACAGGUGAAUGAGCAUAAUGUUGUCCAACUUGCAAAGACUUGUCCUGAUUUUGUUGAGAUAAAGGCUCAAGAUUUUGUCAAUUGUAAGGCAACAGGCAAGUUGAAGUUGAUGAGUGGGCAUCAUUCACGAGUACAGAAUACGUGUUUGGAUGAAUCACUGGCUUUGGGGAUAGAUGCUCGUGUUAUGCUUAUAAAGAAUGUAGACGUAGCAGACGGACUGGUAAAUGGAGUAUGUGGCACUGUAACCCAUAUUGUUUACCCGAAUGAUAAUAGAAACUUCCCUGACUCAGUGUAUGUUAAGUUUGAUGACAAUCAGGUGGGUGCAGAGAUGAGGAAACGCUGUGCGUAUUCUGUAGCAGUUGAGAUGGGCUCUACUGGUAUUAGACCAGAGGAGGAAAGGGUAACCACUAAAGGCGGUUUGCGCCGGCAAUUUCCACUGAAACUUGCUUGGGCUUGUACUGUACAUAAAGUACAGGGUCUAACAAUCUUUGCACCUGGACAGGCAUAUGUGGCAUUAAGCCAUGUUAGAAGUUUGUCAGGGUUGGUUAUACAGGAUUUUGAACACAAGGUCAUAUAUUGCAAGGAUGAGAUUAAAGAUGCAAUUAAAAACAUGCCUCCCUUCUUGGUCGAAAGUAUUUCAAUGCAGAGCAUUACAAAUGCAAACACGCAUUGUUUCACAUUGUUUUUGAUGAAUGUGCAAAAUUUAAGCCGAAAUAUUACAGAUUUGGUGUCAUGUACAAAGCAUUUGCAGCUUAACUGUAUUGCUGUUACAGAAACAUGGCUGCCUGAAGCUUUCUCAAGCGAAUCUGUAAAGAUUCAAGGUUACAGCUUUCAAAACCAGCCACGUAGUUUGUCUUAUAGUAGCAGUAACCACACAUUGGCAAACAUACAAGAACAACAACGUGGUGGAGUUGGCAUGUAUAGUUUAGAUAGUUUACCAUAUGUGGUCAUCAAAGUACCACAUUUGAGUUUGGAAUGUUUAGUGUACAACUACACAACAUCCAGGAUACUGAUAGCAGUCGUUUAUCGGCCGCCAUCUUAUCCUAUGUCUCAAUUAAAAGACAAUCUGACCAAGUUAAUUAAUUGGUUAGAUCCAAUAAGUACCACAGUUGCUGUAAUAGGAGAUUUCAAUGAUAAUAUUUUCAAAUCUUCUAGUAUUUCUAACUUUAUGGCAAAUAAAGGAUAUAUCCAACAUGUCACCCAAGCAACAACUGAGAAGGGUACAUUAAUUGACCACAUCUAUAUAAAAACUACAUUUUAUGACAUAGAAACUGUAGUUUCGCCAACAUACUUUAGUGACCACGAGGGGAUUACAUGUUCUUUUACAUCUAGGUCGAUGGACAUGGACAUUGGAGUAGAACAGCUGUAG